CAACAAAAACAAGAAAUUCCUCCACACAAAAAAUCAAAAAUUCCCUAUUAAAAAUGCCUUUCUCAUCGAUUUUCGUCACAGUCGGCACCACGCAGUUCAACGAAUUGAUCAAAACCAUUUGCACCACAGAGGUUCGUGAAGCUCUCAAAGAAAUUGGUUGCAAAACACUAACAAUCCAAACGGGAACUGGUGACGUGCCCACAGAAAUUACCGAAAUCUACGCCAACACCGAAGGAAUCACCCUCAAGACGUACGAACUUAAAUCCACAAUCGCCCAAGACAUCAAAGAAGCAGAUUUGGUGGUUUCUCAUGCAGGAGCCGGAAGUUGUAUCGAAGUGCUGCGCGCAGGAAAACCACUGUUGACCGUUAUUAACGACGAAUUGGCGGACAAUCAUCAGGUAGAAUUGGCUGAGGAACUCUGUAGACAGGGAUAUUUGUUCUUUUGCACACCCAAGAGACUCGCACAGGCUUUGAGACAAUUCGACGCCACGAAAUUGAAAAAGUACGAACAAGGAAAUGUCAAGGAAUUCGUCAAGUAUUUGGAUAAUUUCAUGGGAUUUGAUGUAAAAGCGUGAGACGUCGCAAGCAGAUCUAGUUAACAUUGAAUUAUUUUUAAGAAUCUUCCACUUUUUUAUUCAGAAAUUAAUAAAACAAACAAUUAAC